AUGGUCCACGACAUUGUCGACCCCGCCCUCGGGGCCGAACGCCACGGGCGCGCCAGCAAUACAUACCCAGAGCGCCGGAGCGAGGAGAUCGAACGGGUGGCCACAGCGUCGUCCGUGUCCUCCUCGUCGUCCGAAUGCUCCCAUCAUCACGCCGCCUCCGCCAUCGGGUCUCGUAUGAGCCGCGUCCCGACUCAGAGAGACCUGGAGCGCCACCAAACCGAGCUGAGCCGCAUCCAGACCGCCCGGAGCCAGCACAGUGCCACUGUCGGCCGCGACGGCUCCCGGCCGAAGAAGUGGGACACUCCGCUUCCCGCCUUCGGCGCUGGCAAGCCAUACCCGCCACCACUGCCGAACCAGGAGGACUAUGUUGUAGAGUUUGAUGGGCCUGAUGACCCGCUCCAUGCACAGAAUUGGCCCUUGAGAAAGAAGAUGUUCACCGCUGCCAUCCUCGGUUUCACCACCAUGACUGCCGCCUUCGGCUCCAGUAUCUUCUCUUCCGCAACCCGUGCUGUCGGCAAGGAGUUCCAUGUCUCGUCCGACGUCUCCCUUCUCGGCGUCUCCUUCUACGUCCUGGGCUUCGCCACAGGCCCGACCUUCUGGGCUCCCCUCUCCGAGCUGAAGGGCCGACGUCUGCCCCUCAUCAUCUCCAUGUUUGGCUUCUCCAUCUUCAACAUUUCCAAUGCCGUCGCCAAGGACCUACAGACCGUCCUCAUCACCCGCUUCUUCAGCGGCUUCUUCGGCGCCUGCCCUCUGGCCGUCGUCGCCGCCGUCUUCUCUGACAUGUUCGACAACCGCACGCGCGGCAUCGCCAUUACUGUCUUCUCCAUGACCGUGUUCACAGGCCCCAUGCUAGCACCCUUCGUCGGUGGCUUCAUCGUUGAGUCCUACCUUGGCUGGCGCUGGACCUCGUACAUCGUCUCCUUCAUGGGCUUCCUGGCCUUCGUGCUCGACCUGCUCUUCCUGCGCGAAACCUACCCACCCCAGAUCCUCGUUCAAAAGGCUGCAGAGCUCCGCCGGCGCACCCUCAACUGGGGCAUCCACGCCAAGCAAGAAGAAAUUGAGAUCGACGUGCGCGAGCUCAUCACGAAGAACUUCUCGCGUCCCAUGCGCCUCCUCUUCUGCGAGCCCAUCGUCACCCUCCUCUCCAUCUACAUGGCUUUCAUCUACGGCCUGCUCUAUCUCUUCCUGACCGCCUACCCCUUCGUCUUCCAGGGCGUGCACGGCUUCAACGCCGGUGAAUCCGGUCUGACCUUCUUCGGCAUGGUCACCGGCCAGAUUCUCGCCGGUUUCUCUGUCCUCCUCCAACAGCCCUGGUACCAGCGCAAGCUGGCCGCCAAUAACGGUGUGCCCGUUCCCGAGUGGCGCCUCCCCUCCGUCAUCGCCGGCGGCGUCGCUUUCGCGGGCGGUCUCUUUUGGUUUGGCUGGUCCGGUUACCGCAAGGAUAUCCACUGGAUUGUGCCCGCGCUGUCGGGUCUGCUGUCUGGCUUUGGCCUCGCCUCCAUCUUCCUGCAGGCCCUCAAUUACCUGGUCGAUUCCUACCUCAUGUUCGCGGCGUCCGCCAUCGCGGGCAACACAUUUCUGCGCUCGCUGGCCGGCGCCGGGUUUCCGCUCUUUUCGCGCUUCAUGUUCGAGGGCAUGGGCAUUCAGUGGGCAUCAACACUACUGGGUUGUGUGGCGGCUGCCCUGGUGCCAAUUCCAAUUGUGUUUUAUUACUAUGGGCAUAAGAUUCGUGCGAAAAGCUCGUAUGCCCCGACUUUUCCUCCCAGGCCUCCACAAGGAGAGAUGCCGCCCGGGACGGCCAGCAGCGAGUCUAGCACUGCGACUGAAACACAUGAUGAAGUGACGAAUGAGAAGGAUGUGAUCGAGAGGGCAGUGGAUGCCUCGGUACCAAAUAUUGAUGGCAAUCGGGCGGAGAGGGCCGUUUAA